AUGAAGCUUUUUCAGAAACCCACCAAGGGUCAGUCUCUGGUUAAUUUCAUCUUAGUCUCUUCUUCAUUCUGUGCCCUUUAUCUUAUCGUUUCGGUGUUAUUACUGGGGUCAUCAAAGCUAGUGCAUGUGAGCAAGACAUCACAAGAUGAGUCCACACCAACCACCCUUGAUCACCUUGUGUUUGGAAUUGCUUCAAGUAAGCGUUCAUGGGGCAAGAGGAAGGAGUACGUGAAGCUCUGGUGGAACUACAGCAACACCACCAACAACAAAGCAAUGAAGGGGUGUGUGUUCGUGGAUAGCCUCCCAGAUGAAAAACAUGUUAGCCACGAGAAUGAUACUUCUCUUCCUCCUCUUCGUGUCUCUCAAGACACUUCAAGGUUUCGUUUCACUCACAAGGGUGGACUUCGCUCAGCAAUACGCGUGGCACGUGUUGUUGCCGAGACCGCGGCAAUGAACAAUGAUUCAGACGUAAGGUGGUAUGUUUUUGGAGAUGAUGACACGGUUUUCUUCCCAGAGAAUGUGGUGAAGACUCUAUCCAAAUAUGAUCACAAGCUUUGGUACUACAUUGGUGCACACUCCGAGGUUUAUGAGCAGAACCGGGUGUUUGGUUUUGGAAUGGCUUUUGGUGGGGCAGGUUUUGCUAUCAGCUCCUCUCUGGCGAAGGUCUUGGCCGAGAAUUUUGAUUCAUGUAUAGAAAGGUACCCCCAUCUCUAUGGAAGUGAUGGAAGGGUGUACUCUUGCUUGGCAGAACUUGGGGUAGGAUUAACACAUGAAUCCGGUUUUCACCAGGUAGAUUUGAAGGGAAAUACCUUUGGUUUAUUGGCGGCACAUCCUUUAACUCCUUUGCUGUCCCUGCAUCAUCCUGAUUACACUGAUCCAAUCUUUCCAAACAUGACAACUACACAAGCUCUGAAGCAUUUAUUUGAAGCCGUAAAUGUUGAUUCCCAGAGGAUGCUGCAACAAGCAAUUUGCUAUGACAAAUGGUUUAAAUGGACAGUUUCAGUGUCAUGGGGCUAUGCUGUUCAGGUUUUCCCAAACCAUAUGCUUUUGCCAGAGGUUCUGAAGGUUCAAGAGACAUUCAAGCAGUGGAGGAAGGGAAGCGUGCUGGCAAAAACAUACACUUUCAACACAAGAGCACUUCACAACGACCCUUGUAAAAGAUCCACUGUUUUUUUUCUAGACAGUGUGUCAUCUGACAAGGAUGACACCAUUAGCAGUUACAAGAAAUCUUUUCAGAAUUGCUCAAACGAUGCCGUGUCACCGCAGAAACUGGAAGUGAUCAAAGUGGUCACAAAAAAGUUAGACCUUGACAUCAAACAGUUGCUUGCUCCAAGAAGGCACUGUUGUGAUGUGUUGCCCUCGACUGCCCAGGACAAAAUGGAAAUUGCAAUCAGGGAAUGCAAAGAUGGAGAGAAUGAAGAUGGUCAGAAUACAAGAGUAGAUUAA